GCACCCUCUGCCCUGAGUGUGUGCGUCAGUCACUACCACCGACGCCGCGAGCCAAAAAUAACUAGGCGUCCCCACAAAUCGCUCUCCUUCCCCCUUCCUCCAUCUCUCUCCCUUCUCCAUCCUCUGCCCCGAGAUCCACUCCGCGUCUCCGCCUGCUCGUCUCCGGCGCCGGUCGAUCUUGCAAGGCCGUCGCGUGGUACGGUUUCGGCGGCUCUUGCCCUGCCUGGUUUGGCCGUUCGAUAAGGUUCGGCUCGGCUCGGCUCGGCGCCUGGGGAGGAAGGAACUACUGGGCGGUUGCUGCCGGGGGUCCGGCAAGGAAGGCGGUCGGUUGUGGCGCUCGUAGCUGCCCAGAACGUGGCGGCAUCCUUGGCGGCGGCGGGGGACGCUGUGUUUGGUGCUGCAUUGGGCGGGGGCGACCUACGGCGGGUUUGUUCGUCGAGGGUGGUGCCGGAUUUGAGGCGCGGGAGGGGGAGGGAGGUUCGGAUGGUUGCUGCCGCCUAGUCCGUGCCUGGGCUAUCUUGGUCCAUGUUUGAUGGGGUGGAAGGCGACCAUGGGGGGUAAGGCGGCCGGGAUCGGAGGAGAGAAGCACAAGUGCCCGCCGUCGUCCGCCGCCGCCGCGCGGUCGCGGAUGAAGCUCUGGAUGGUGCGCGCCACCACCACGGUGCUGCUCUGGACCUGCGUCGUGCAGCUCACCGCCGUCGGCGAGACGUGGGGCCCCCGCGUCCUCAAGGGCUGGCCGUCCUGCCUCACGGCGUCCGAAGAGGCGGCGGCGCUCGCCGCCGUGCGGCCCGAGCCAAUCGUGGAGAAGCCUGCAUUGCCACCGAAACGAAUGUAUAGGAACAAUGGUUAUUUGAUGGUGUCAUGCAAUGGUGGUCUUAACCAAAUGCGGGCUGCUAUCUGCGACAUGGUUGUAAUUGCGAGAUAUUUGAAUGUUACUUUGGUCGUGCCUGAGUUGGAUAAAACUUCAUUUUGGAAUGAUCCAAGUGAGUUCCAAGAUAUAUUUGAUGUUGAACAUUUUAUAACAUCCUUACGGGAUGAAGUUCGCAUACUGAGAGAACUGCCUCCAAGGGUAAAGCGAAGAGUUGAGCUUGGUAUGUUCCACUCAAUGCCACCUAUCAGUUGGUCUGAUAUUUCCUACUACCACAAUCAGAUUCUUCCAUUGAUUCGGAAAUACAAGGUUCUGCAUUUGAAUAGAACUGAUGCUAGGCUAGCAAACAAUGGUUUGCCUAUGGAGAUUCAGAAACUGCGGUGCCGAGUAAAUUAUGGCUCUCUGAGGUUUACUGCAGAAAUAGAGGAUUUGGGCAAGCGGGUAAUUAGGAUGCUUCGCCAAAAUGGUCCUUUCUUGGUUCUUCAUUUACGUUAUGAAAUGGAUAUGCUGGCUUUCUCUGGCUGUACUCAAGGUUGCAGUAACGAAGAGGCAGAGGAGCUCACAAGAAUGAGGUACGCUUAUCUAUGGUGGAAAGAGAAAAUCAUUAACUCAGACUUGAAAAGAAAAGAUGGUCUUUGCCCAUUGACGCCAGAAGAAACUGCUCUUGUCCUCAGAGCCUUGGACAUCGAUAGAAGUAUGCAAAUAUACAUCGCAGCUGGCGAAAUAUAUGGUGGAAAACGCAGGAUGGCAGCUCUCACUUCAGCCUAUCCAAAUGUGGUGAGGAAAGAGACACUUUUGGAACCCUCUGAUCUGAUGUUCUUCCAGAACCAUUCGUCACAAAUGGCAGCUCUGGAUUAUAUGGUUUCCUUAGAAAGUGAUAUAUUUGUUCCAACAUAUGAUGGCAACAUGGCGAAAGUUGUUGAGGGUCAUCGCAGGUUCAUGGGUUUCAAGAAGACAAUCUUGUUAGAUCGAAAACUAAUUGUCGAUCUAGUAGAUCAGUAUAACAAUGGUUCCUUGCGAUGGGAUGAGUUCUCUUUGUUGAUCAAGGCUGCCCAUGCAGGCCGCAUGGGGUCAGCAUCAAAGCGGACAGUGUUUCCCGACAGACCCAAGGAAGAGGACUAUUUCUAUGCAAAUCCCCAAGAAUGCCUGCAUGAUCCUGAUCUUUUACAUACAUCAUGAUCCUCCACUCCUGUCAAUAUUUCAUUCACCUUAUACCAUUCUUUCACAAAUGCAACCGAAUCUGAAGUCGGAUUCAUCAUUAUUUUGAAACCAAAGGGGGGUGGAGCUGGAGCGGCCUGUGCUCGAGCGAUAGAAAAGGCAUGUAAACUUUGAGAAGGGAGGACGUGGGGGUGUUGUAUAUCUGGAUGUAGUUGCCUAGCUGGUAAAUACACAUUAUAGAAUGGGGGCGGAUUUGUUAAUUCCACAAAAAAAAAAGAGUGACAAUACUUUUGUAUAGAUGGCGAUAGAAUCUACCACGAAGAUGAAGGCAAUUUAAGAGAGAAGUGAGAGAUGUAGGUUUCCCAAUCUCUGGUCUAUGUAACAUAGCUGUUGUUCUUGGUAGCCCUCCCGUCCUUCCCAUCGGCAAAUAUUUUUUGUCAAUCAAAUUGCAGAAAAUUGUAUACACUGUUUAUUAAACUGAUAUAGAUACAGCCUGUAUGAUAUGGUGACUUGUGCA